AUGGCGUCAACGUCGGCGUCGUGUCCCGAGAAAAGUCUGGAAGACGACGACAAUCUCACUGUCGAGCUGCAUGAAUUCGGCGUUGAGGGCGGUGCAGAGCUAUUGGUGCAGCAGGUGCAGCUUCUUAUGGAAAACAUGAAGACUGGAUUCUACUUAAUUAAAACUGAUGUGAAUAAUGCAUUUAAUUCAGUAAGCUGGUCUCAUUUGCUGAACCAAGUGCUUACUGUGUUUCCUGACAUUUACAAUCACGCUGCACUAGUGUACUCUGACAUCAACCCACUAAUCCAUCUUCAGAGAUCUUAUCUGGUUAUUCUCAGCUCUCAAGAAAGUGUGUACCAGGGAGACCCACUUGGUCCUGCUUUGUUCUCAAUUGCAAUGCAACCCAUUUUGGAAAAUCUACAGUCUCACAACAAAGGAGUAACAAUUCUGGCUUACCUGGAUGACGUUUAUCUCCUUGGCAGUCCUGAUCGAGUGUUUCAUGUCUUUGAAAGGCUGAGAUCUGCUUUCAGCAACAUUAAUCUCAUGAUUGAGGAGGAGAAGUGUGAGAUAUGUUGUUCCUCAUCACCGUUGCUUAACACCAUCUCUCAGUCAACUUCCAUACCAGCCACAAGUCAAGGAUGUAGAAUUCUGGGCACAUCUAUAGGAAGCUCAUUGUCCAUCAUCAAAUCUUGCUCUGAUGUUGCACAAUCAGGAUCUAAUUUGUGUGGCAAGCUGUUGCAGUUGCAAGAUCCACAGUGUGGCAUGCUCUUGCUGAGACACUGUCAUGUUACUCGGAUAAACUUCCUAUCACAAACUGUUCCACCUAGGCUUUUGGAGUCCGCUGUGGCCAUCCAUGACACACUGACAAGAUCAACGUUCACCAAUCUCUUGGGUAGAGAUCGGCCUUGUUCGUAUAAGGUCUCUUGUUGGAAGCAAACCCUGUCACAGAGGUCGUUGAAACCAUCAUGGCUGUCUAAACAGAAGACAUGA